ACGAAACAACUUGACUACUGAGUACUGAAUAUUGAAUGCCUGGGAUGGAUGGUGCCAGCAAUAAUGCUUGUCUUCUUAUCAGACUCAUAUAGAAAUGACACUUCACUUCCCCAACGAAAUGCAGAAUACGUAUCUUUGACGUAGCAUACCUCGUUCCACACACCUUAUCUUUAGCUCUUUGGUGCACACAGUCCAACUCCAAUUCGUUGCGCAUAUUUCAUCCUAUCUUCAGCGUCAACGUCGCCCUUCCCCAACAAUGCCCGUCACCUCCAUAGACACCUCAAAAGACUUUCAAACCAUUAUCAACAGUGGAAAAGUUGUCGUGAUAGACUUCCACGCCAAUUGGUGCGGCUUUUCUAGCACCGCCGCACCCUUUUUUGCCGACCUUUCCGAAACAUAUCUGCACACCGGCCUGGGCUUUUAUCGGGUGGACGUUGAUGACCUUGAAGAUGUCGCGCUAGAAGUUGAUGUACGGGUGAUGCCAACGUACAUGGUUUUCAAAAAUGGAAAGAAAAUGGGGGAGUCAACAGGACUUGACUUACGAAACUUGAAUAAAUUGAUGGGUAUGCAUAUUAGCUAGAAGCGUCCCGCGUCAAGCUCGCGCCUGGGCGUCAUUGUGAUAUUGUUCUUUUGCAUGGUUCAACGAAGUUGGGUCUUUGUGGUGGUAUAGAUAAAGAAAUGGACAAACUGAAAACGUGAAUACUCAUAGAUAGAUACAGUUAGGGGCUUAGAUUCCGGGACUCAUCGGUUGUAAUUUUUUUUGGGACUGUCGAGUAUAAUUAGGAUCAACAUUCCAAUAGAUCAUUCGCUUCCGACACCUUUCAAA